AACCAUUCACUAGCAUACAACAAAGUAUUUUUUUAUUUUUUUGGCAAUGAACACAAUUUCAUUUACUAUAAAACGAAGUUGAUACGCCUUAUCUCUCCCUCAUACCUCUUCUUCCAAGUCCCAUUUUUACAUCCACAUUCUUUCGUUCGUCGACCACAACAUUAUGGCUCUCGAGGUUGCUGUCAAGGCUGCAGUGGGUGCUCCUCAUCUUCUUGGAGACUGUCCAUUUAGCCAAAGGGUACUUCUGACUUUGGAGGAGAAGAAAAUACCUUACAACAGGCACCUCAUCAAUCUCAGUGACAAACCCGCUUGGUUUCUGCAAGUGAAUCCUGGAGGGAAGGUGCCUAUAGUGAAGUUUGAUGAAAAAUGGGUGCCUGAUUCUGAUGUUAUUGUUGGGAUUCUUGAAGAGAAAUACCCUCAACCUUCUCUCACUACUACUCCACCAGAAUUCACCUCUGUGGGAUCAAAUAUAUUUAGUGCGUUUUCUACUUUCUUGAAGAGCAAGGACUCAAGUGAUGGGUCAGAACAAGCUCUUCUCACUGAAUUGAAGGCACUUGAAGAGCAUCUCAAGGCACAUGGCCCGUAUGUUGCUGGUGAGAAGAUUAGUGCUGUAGAUUUAAGUUUGGCCCCAAAACUAUACCAUCUUGAUGUUGCUCUUGAUUAUUUCAAGAAGUGGACUGUCCCGGCAGACCUCACUAAUGUCCUCAACUACAAGAAGCUGCUAUUCUCACGGGAAUCGUUCGAGAAAACAAAGGCUGAAAAGAAAUAUAUCAUUGCAGGAUGGGAGCCAAAAGUCAAUCCAUGAACUAUUUCUGGAAAUAUAUUAAGAUUUCAAAGCUAUGAAUCCUGGUUGAGUUGGAAUAAGUGUAAGCCAUUGGAAUUUGGAAUAAAUGUUUGCCUAUUAGUAAUAGUGUGUUCUGUGACUUGCUCUAUUAAUUACAUGGCAAUGGACAUUGGUAAUGUUCUCUGAUCA